AUGGUGCUUGUGGCCCAUCAGCUGCUGGAGCAGUUCACCACGGCCGAGACUUCUGGGCAGGAUACCACCUACUAUGCCAACAUCCUGGCAAUGCCGUAUAUCGUUAACGGCUCGGCUCGCGGCUACCACUUGGCUGAACCGGAGGACUGGCGCGUGAAAGACAAGAACUGGGUUGGAUGGGCCCUCCCCUUUUCCACCACCGAUGGGCAGCUGAUGCACGUGACGCCUUACGCCCGGGAUUGUUUGCGCUAUGUCAAGUUCCUGAUGUCCACUAGUGGUUUGGGGGCUACUGCAGAGGCACCGCGAUCCUUGGUGUCCAUGCAGGGCUUGGCCAGACAGGCGGCCUUCCACAACGCCCGCGAGGUGCAGAACAGGGCGGGCUGCAGUUACCAGGCUGGGACCACCAGGGUAUUGAGGAAUGAGCAGAUGAGCGUGGUCACCUCCCUGGAUCCUGGGAUCGGCAAGCUGAUGGACGACGCAGGGGCUGCGCAACAUUUUGGAUCCUUUUAUGUGGCGCCGGAAGGAUUCUUCUACAUGCUCAAGCCUACCCCUGUUGUCACGGCCAACAAGAAGUUCACAACGCCUGUGAUCAAGUUCCAG